UGUUGCUGGAGUCUGAUCAUGUGACUUUCAACAUGGCUACGGCCCUGGUUCAUUCCAGGAAGGGGUGGAGCCUGAUCUCAGAGCAGGUUCCAGUUCAGUUUAAAGUGCGGACUGUGCUUGCAGUCGCUGACAGCUUAUCAUGGAGGCUAACGGGUUGGGAUCCCAGGGUUUUCCAGAGCUGAAGAAUGACACGUUCCUGCGAGCAGCAUGGGGAGAAGACACAGAUUACACUCCCGUUUGGUGCAUGCGGCAGGCAGGCCGCUACUUACCAGAGUUUAGGGAAACUAGGGCUGCCCAGGACUUUUUCAGCACCUGUCGCUCCCCAGAGGCCUGCUGUGAAUUGACUUUGCAGCCACUGCGUCGCUUCCCUUUGGAUGCUGCCAUCAUCUUCUCUGACAUCCUUGUUGUACCCCAGGCACUGGGCAUGGAGGUGACUAUGGUGCCUGGCAAAGGGCCUAGCUUCCCAGAGCCAUUAAGAGAAGACCGGGACUUAGAACGCCUCCGGGAUCCAGCAGCAGUGGCCUCUGAGCUGGGCUAUGUGUUCCAGGCCAUCACCCUCACUCGACAACAGCUAGCUGGGCGUGUGCCGCUGAUUGGCUUUGCUGGUGCCCCGUGGACUUUGAUGACAUACAUGGUUGAGGGUGGCAGCUCAAGCACCAUGGCUCAGGCCAAGCGCUGGCUUUACCAGAGACCGCAGGCUAGUCACCAGUUGCUUCGCAUCCUCACUGAUGCUCUGGUCCCAUAUCUGGUAGGACAAGUGGCUGCUGGUGCCCAGGCAUUGCAGCUCUUUGAGUCCCAUGCAGGGCAUCUUGGCCCACAACUCUUCAAUAAAUUUGCACUGCCCUAUAUCCGUGAUGUGGCUAAGCGCGUGAAGGCCAGGCUGCAGGAGUCAGGCCUGGCACCAGUGCCCAUGAUCAUCUUUGCUAAAGAUGGACAUUUUGCCCUGGAAGAGCUGGCCCAAGCUGGCUACGAGGUGGUUGGGCUUGACUGGACAGUGGCCCCAGAGAAAGCCCGGGAACGUGUGGGGAAGACGGUGACCUUGCAGGGCAACCUGGACCCCUGUGCCCUGUAUGCAUCUGAGCCAGUGCCCUCUUGGUCCCCCAGGAGGAGAUUGGACGGCUGGUGCAGCAGAUGCUGAAUGACUUUGGGCCACAGCGCUACAUUGCCAACCUUGGCCAUGGACUUUACCCUGACAUGGACCCAGAACAUGUGGGGGCCUUUGUGGAUGCCGUGCACAGAUACUCACGUCUGCUUCGACAGAACUGAGCAUACAUGUUUUCCCUCAACUGCCACUAACAAAGAUGAUUGAUUGUUUCCAGGAGAAUAAAAGUUCAGAGUUGGA